GUAUACUUUUUUCUUACUCCCUCUUCUUUUUUCUUAGCUCCCUUUCACAUAUUUUUGUUUUCUCACUCUUGUCUUAGUUGUUUCUUUCUCUUUUUUACUUUUACCUCCUCUUCUUGUAGCUUAGGUCUUCUAAAGGUACUGUUUAAUCAAUCAGUUUAAUCACUAAGUUUCCAGCAUCUAUCACAGGGAGGAGAGUUGGGGGCAGAACAUGAAAGGGAUAAUGAAGAGUAAUCACCAAACAUGCAGCCACAACUGUUCUUGGUUUCUUGCAACCCAAAGAAAUGCCUUGUAGAUUCUAGGUGCUUCAUGUCAUAAGAUUAAGCUGUUUUUGAACUUUGUCUUAGGAACUGCAGCCAUGAAUGAAGAAAAUAUAGAUGGAACAAAUGGAUGCAGUAAGGUUCGAACUGGUACUCAGAAUGAAGCCGCAUUACUUGCUUUGAUGGAAAAGACUGGCUACAACAUGGUUCAAGAAAAUGGACAAAGAAAAUUUGGUGGUCCUCCCCCAGGUUGGGAAGGUCCACCUCCACCUAGAGGUUGUGAAGUUUUUGUAGGAAAAAUACCUCGUGACAUGUAUGAAGAUGAAUUAGUGCCUGUAUUUGAAAGAGCUGGGAAGAUAUAUGAGUUUCGGCUUAUGAUGGAGUUCAGUGGUGAAAAUCGAGGUUAUGCUUUUGUGAUGUAUACCACAAAAGAAGAAGCCCAGUUAGCCAUCAGAAUUCUUAAUAAUUAUGAGAUUCGACCAGGGAAGUUCAUUGGUGUAUGUGUAAGCUUGGAUAAUUGCAGAUUAUUUAUUGGAGCUAUUCCCAAGGAAAAGAAGAAAGAAGAAAUUUUGGAUGAAAUGAAGAAAGUUACAGAAGGAGUUGUAGAUGUUAUUGUUUAUCCAAGUGCAACUGACAAGACCAAAAAUCGUGGUUUUGCAUUUGUUGAAUAUGAAUCUCACAGAGCUGCUGCUAUGGCUAGGAGAAAACUAAUUCCAGGAACAUUCCAACUCUGGGGCCAUACCAUUCAGGUAGAUUGGGCUGAUCCAGAGAAGGAGGUUGAUGAGGAAACCAUGCAAAGAGUUAAAGUUCUCUAUGUAAGAAAUUUAAUGAUCUCAACUACAGAGGAAACAAUUAAAGCAGAGUUUAAUAAAUUCAAGCCUGGUGCAGUUGAACGAGUAAAGAAACUUAGAGAUUAUGCUUUUGUUCACUUUUUCAAUCGAGAAGAUGCAGUGGCUGCUAUGUCUAUUAUGAAUGGAAAAUGCAUUGAUGGAGCAAGUAUUGAGGUAACACUGGCAAAACCAGUAAAUAAAGAAAACACUUGGAGACAGCAUCUUAAUGGUCAGAUUAGCCCUAAUUCCGAAAACCUGCUUGUGUUUGCUAACAAAGAAGAGAGCCACCCAAAAACUCUAGGCAAGCCACCAACUCUUCCAGCUCGUCUCAAUGGUCAGCAUAGCCCAAGCCCUCCUGAAGUUGAAAGAUGCACUUACCCAUUUUUUCCUGGAACAAAGCUUACUCCGAUUAGUAUGUAUUCUUUAAAAUCCAAUCAUUUCAAUUCUGCAGUAAUGCAUUUGGAUUAUUACUGCAAUAAGAAUAAUUGGGCACCACCAGAAUAUUACUUAUAUUCAACAACAAGUCAAGAUGGGAAAGUACUCUUAGUAUAUAAAAUAGUGAUUCCCGCUAUUGCAAAUGGAUCCCAGAGUUACUUUAUGCCAGACAAACUCUGUACUACGUUAGAAGAUGCAAAAGAACUGGCAGCCCAGUUUACAUUGCUUCAUUUGGACUACAAUUUUCGUCGCAGCUCAAUAAAUAGUCUUUCCCCUGUUAGUGCUACCCUCUCUUCUGGGACUCCCAGCGUGCUUCCUUAUACUUCAAGGCCUUAUUCUUAUUCAAGCUAUCCCUUGUCACCAACAAUAUCAUUUGCUAAUGGCAGCCAUGUUGGACAGCGACUAUAUAUCUCCAAUCAGGCCUCAUUCUUCUGA